AUGUACUGCGGCAAUCCUCUAGUAAUGCAAAACGAUGGAGUUAAACAGUGGUCACUAUCUCUCUCGGUCUCUGUUCCUCUGCUUCUGCCAACAAACUUGCAAGACAGAGCCAGCGAUCAUGGGGUUGUGGUGGGAUGGCCAAGGACGAUAUACAUGGGUUUCCGCAGGAUGUCUCGCUACCAUGAAGCGAAGAAGGGGCCAAACCGCUCCCUCGUGGGCGCGGACGUUCUAGCUGCCGUUGUGGCUGGCCCUUGGAAGCUCACCACCAAAGCAAAGCAAGUGCAAUGUAAAACCCCCUUGUCUGACCUUGAACUUUUGAGGUACCAUUCAUCGGAGGACUAUCCCAAGUUAGACUACCACUUCGUCAGCUCUGUCCUUCCAAAGUGUCUCAAAGUCGUUGACAACACGGCAACAAUAGAUCCCGCCCGCGCCUGCUUCGCCCUGGUCCUGCUGCUUGCGCUGGACGAGCGGAGGAGAAGUGCUUGUUUCUUCUUUUCGGGGCUUUUCAAGGUCCAAAAAGCCAAGCUGCGUCUCUCUCCCGCAGACGGAGUCUCUCUGUCGCCGAUGGUUGAUGUGGGCGUAAGGGGGUGCGUAAAGGUGCGGGUGGCAGUAAGCGAAGAUGAGAAAAAGCAAUUAUAUCAAGAAAACACCAAGCCUAAACCGCACUGGCCCCAACAUCAUGAGCUGAUGAACGAACCAUACACGGGUAGAAUCCGGGUUCGGCUUGUGUCCCGAUACCAUGUCACCAGCGAUGACGGCGAUGAUAUCGGCCAUCAACAGCAGGGAGUACUCCCCUCCAUAUCCGUCCCGCCUGUCGUUGGAAAGAAUGAGUCGCGCCAUGAUGACCGCGCAUCGAUGAUCAGCAAACGUACUCAAGCGCGGCCCCCUCUGCCUCCUGUGCUCCUCUUAGGCUCCUCCCCCGUUUCCCUCCGUGCCUCCUCCCACACCCCGUCCCCCGUGGCCGCCGUGCCGCUCCCCUUCCCCCUCACAUAUCACAUAACCCCUACUGAUCCUCCUCACAGCGCAUCGCCUAGCACCCGGCACUCGGGCAACACCCCCUUCAAUCCCUCCCUCUAUCGCAUCACGGACGUCUCAUUGAAACAUCACCAAACUUCCUCUGUCAUCGAAAGUGAUGAGAUCAUCAUAACGGCCGGUUUUGUAGGACGGGUUCUUCGUUAUCAAAGACGGCAUGCUUACCAAAGGCUUACAACGAACGUCGAAAAGCAAACAUUGUUCAAUAUUUCUUGCUAUUCCGCCGUUUGUUGUCUCGGGCUCUCGGUCUCGCUUAGAGAAUCUACGGGGCGGCAUAUCAUCGGCAUAUCAUCGAUUACGAGUCAAAGGAGACAACAUGGCGUAAAGGUAGAAUCUCGAAGCGAUCUGGAAUGUGAAUUGUCUUGCGCGAAAUAUGACACGGCUGGCCGUUCUGGCCACGCCGCUCUGGUCAACCCCAGAUGUCUUGAAGUUCUUCCUGUUAAGUUAUUCGUCAACGUGUCAUUCAUGUUGGCAACUAUUGACGCGCGGGUAACAUCAUAUGCAUGCGGUAUCCAAUACAACGAGAUCAGUCAUUCUAUAGUUCACAACGUCAUUGUACGAGAAGACCAAAACAUACAAUCUACCAAACGCCGUGGCAACGUCUGCAUCGAAAAUGAAACCCCAGCCGAGUCCGGCAACACCGUACCGUUCCAAUCCAACACCUCCAAAAUCCAUCUUCAUGAGAUUGCUGUGUAUAGACACCCACAAUUACCUCCAUCGGAAGAUAUCCUUCAACUUUUUUCGGUGCCGCCAGAACAAAAGAGAGUGAUAAAUGAGCAACGACAAUAA